AAGAGACAGUGAAGAGGAAAUUAGAAGGAGCACGCUCACCCCUCAAUGGAGAACAGCAGAAUGGUGUCUGUGACAGUAGCUUCUCCCCAACUAACAAGCGGAUACGGAAAGAUGUACCUGGAAUUGAGAGAGUCAGUAGUUUGCCAAACAGUUUGCCUUUGCCUUCUAUUUCUCCUCUUCACCAUCUUGACAUAAAGCCAUCUUUGCCCCUGCAAAACAGUGGAACCCAUGCUGGUACCCUGGAAGACUUAGGUAAAAAUGGUGGACUUUCGGACCUAAAACUCCCAAUCAAUGGAUGCACUGAGCUUGAAGAUAGUUUUAACCUCCUGCACAACAACAGUAGCAGCAGCAAGGAACUGAAACAAGAGCCCUUGGAUGAUCCCAACUGCACUGACAAUUCUGACACAUCCCUUUCCAAUCAGAAUAAACUCUUUUCAGACAUUAACCUGAAUGAUCAGGAGUGGCAGGAGUUAAUAGAUGAGCUGGCCAACACUGUUCCAGAAGAUGAUAUACAAGAUUUGUUCAAUGAAGACUUUGAAGAGAAAAAGGAACCUGAAUUUCCUAGACCAGCCACUGAGAUUCAGGAGACUGCCAGUGUGAAAAGUGAUCCAUGUCACUCUCCAUUUGCUCACAUACCAACAGGUUCUCCCCAGGUAAGACCUUCAUCGUCAGGUCCUCCAUUUUCAAAUAUCCCUACUACUUCUAGCCUGCCUUCAGUCUCUAAUGCUCCUCCUGCUCCAGCCCUGGACAGUUCACCAGCAAACUGUGUGGUUCAGUCCCCUCAGACUCCCAACCAAGCACAUCCCCCAGGCCAAACUCAGUCACGACCAGGCAAUAGUUUCCACAUGAACCCAGCAGCAGUGACCCCAGCAGGCCCAGGGCCUAGCCAAGUGACUGUGCCUAGCACUGACUUGUCUCCAGCUGAGCAGCUGAAACAGAUGGCAGCACAGCAACAGCAGCGGGCUAAGCUCAUGCAGCAGAAGCAGCAGCAGCAGCAGCAGCAGCAGCCGCAGCAUCCAAACCAAGCGUCUAGUUGGUCCCCAGUGGGGCCUCCAUCUAGUCCUUAUGGAGGACCUUUCAGUACAGAAAAACCAAAUAGCCCGAUGAUGUACCCCCAAGCCUUUAACAACCAAAAUCCUGCAGUGCCUCCCACGGCAAGCAAUCCACAAAAGACUACAGUGAAUAACUACCUCCCUCAAAACCAUAUCAAUAUGAUUAGUCAGCAGCCAAAUAAUCUGGGUUCGAACUCUUUGAGCAAACAAACCAAUAUGCUUUCUUAUGGCAACACUAAACCUCUGUCUCAUUUCAAUGCUGACUUGAGUCAGAGAAUGACUCCACCAAUGUCCAAUUCCAACAAGAGUCCCAUGAUGCCAUAUAUGCAGCAGCAGCAGCAGCAGCAGCUUCCCCAACAACCCCAAAUUCAGGCUCAAAUGACGCAUUUGAGUGAGGAGCAGAAGCGCAUGCUCAUUUUGAAGCAGAAAGGAAUGAUGAAUCAGCCAGUAGCUUAUGGAACACUUCCAUCUCUUGGUCAGGACCAGCACACUGUGGGAUUGUCCCGAUCCACAGGUCCCAUGCAGUCCGCUGUACCACCAGGACCCAGUAAUGUGGGCACUAACACAGGCAAUGCCAAUUUCAUGGGCAGCCAACCUCAAGCAGCCAUUAUGAAGCAGAUGCUGAUUGAGCAAAGGGCCCAACUCCAUCUGAUGGAGCAGCAGAAGCAACAGUUUCUUCUAAGGGAGCAACGGCAGCAGCAGCACAUCUUGGCUGAACAACAUUUACAGCAGCAGUCACAUUUGCCUCGGCAGCACUUUCAGCAACAGCAGCGAAAUCCUUAUCCAGUGCAACCAGUCAAUCAGUUUCAAGGUUCUCCGCAAGAUAUAGCUGCAGUAAGAAAUCAGGCUGCUCUUCAGACCAUGAGGACUCCUCGAAUGAUAUCCCAGAAUGCUGGCAUGAUGUCUUUGGGGGCCUCUCAGAACACUGCAGCAAUCUCUGCCACAGGUGGCCAGUCUGAAAUGGGAAUGGCUCCUUACAGCAGUCCAGUGACUGGCCAGCCAGGAAUGUAUAAUAUGAAUUCAGGAAUGAGCCAAAUGUUGCAACACCCAAACCAAAAUAGCAUAAACAUAACACACAAUCCAAGUCAGGGGCCAAGGCAGCCCAGCUCAACACAAGGAAUUGGCAUGGUCAGCAGCUUUGGUCCAAAUGUUUUAGUGAACUCUACUGUAUCUCAACAACAUCAGCAAAUGAAAGGACCUGUGGGACAAGUUAUGACCAGACCACAAGCUCCCAGACUUCAAAAUAUGAUGGGGCCUGUCCCACAAGGAACACAGAACUGGCAGGCAAGAGGACUGCAAGGUAUCCCUGGAAGGACUAGCAAUGAAAUUGGAUCUUUCAAUAAUGGAUCUGCUUACUCAAUGCAAUCAAGUCAGCCAAGGCUGCCUAAGCAACAUUUUCCUCAAGGCAUUAGUCAGUCUAUCAUGGAUACAAAUGGAGCAGUACGGACACUGAACUCAGGCAUAGGAAGGCAGAUGUUGCAACCUCUCUCUGGACAACAAGGAACCAAUAACCAACCCAGAUCAAUGCUUAUGCCUACAAUAAGUCAGGCAGUUUCCACUCUAACUGGUUUUAAUCAGUCCUCUGCACAACAAAUACCAGGAAGUACCUUUACUCAGACCAGCCAAGGACAGAUCUAUGAGAGGAAUCCCACUCAAGAUAUAUCUUAUAGCUAUAGCAAUGAAGGAACUGGAGGGUCCUUUGCAAAUAUAACUGAAAGCACAGAUCUUGUAGACUCCAUCAUUAAAAGUGGACCAGGAGAUGAAUGGAUACAAGAACUUGAUGAACUGUUUGGAAAUCCAUAGCACAUGGAGGUGUACAGUUCCAACAUUUGUGGGGUCAAAAAAGGAAAGCAGGAUGAUGUCCAUCCUUGUUUCUUUGUUUUGUUUUUAAAGCUGUGCAAAGCUAGCUGAUCUGUGAAGGCAUAGAUGGAAUUUGAAGCAAUGACAAGAAGUCCUUGCCAACUUCCCCACAGCAGUCUCCAUGCCAUAGCAUACCUGCUGCAGGCCAGAAUGAGAGAGAGAGAGAGAAAGACUGAGAGAGCAAGAAAGAGAGAAAAGCUCGGAAAAUGCUGCUUUCUGCCUACGGGCCACAGAAAGUGCCAGGCAGUUUCCGUGUGCCAAAGCACUGGCUGUCCUAUAACAAUGCACUUUCCAGGCAGUUCUGUUAGAACUAUUGUAGUUUUCAGGAUACAGAACAGGCAACUUUUGAGACAAAGCAGGGGAGUCGCUAGGUGACUGUACGAGUGACAUACACACAGAUCUAAACUCUGAAUUCAAUAAAUACCAAGUUUCUCCAUGCAAUGUGUGUAAUCUGAUACAGAAUUAAGUAAAGGUUGUUUGAAUAUGGUGAUGAUAAUGAUAUCAUGGCUGAAUUGGUUCAGUCAGUGUGCUAUCAAUGCUUCUUAAGAUGCAGAGAUGGAUUCUAGUAAGAGAGCUUGUCUUUUCUCUGUUGUCCAUUUCCUGCAUAAUCAACUGAUUCUUGAGUCAUUAUCUUUAAGAAUGAGGGAAAAUACAGCAUAGGACAAGCAAGAUUGUAUAAUAGUUGUAUUACUCACUGGCUGCCUCCAAAGAUAGUGAUGCAAUACAAAAGUAAUUAGAAAAAGGGAGAUAAGUCUAAGGAAAUGGAAAUAUUGGUAUUGAGCUUGUUGUUUUUCUGAAAAUACAGGAUCAAGUGAGGUUGGGCUUACAAGCUAUUGGCUUGAUCUUCCAAAGAUGUCAGGAGAAACAAGGAACAACUGCUCCAAAGAUCACACCAAGAGGGGCCAGUAAUUGUAUUGGCUUUGUAUACAAUAUAUCAGUUCCUUAGACACCACUGUCAAAGCAUCCCUUGACAGAUUGAGAGUGAGUUUAUGCUUUAUGUUCUUCAAAAAUGUGUCCUCUUUUCUAUACAGUAUUUCCUACUUUCU